AUGUCCAAAGCAUCAAAGAGCAGCAAAGUAAAUAUAAAAUCUGUUUUAUUACAAAUUCAACUUCAACAAUAUUUACCGAUUUUUCAGAGAAAUGAAAUUGAUUUUACAACCUUCUUGACAUUAAAUGAACAAUCCUUAAAAUCCAUUGGAGUCAAGAAUGAAUCUCAUUGUAAAAUAUUAUUGAUGUAUAUUAGGAAGUUACAACAGUUAUUAUUAACACCUGCGCAAACUGAAAGCCAUAUGUCUUCAAUCGUGGAAAAUGAAAAUGAUAAUCGUUCGACACGUGAAUCCAAUGAUGAUGAACUGAUCAAGGAUGAUGGUCAACUUACCGUCGGUAAUAAUUUGACCGCAUUGACGCCUAUCACGGAAGAAGAGGAACCGUUAACAAAUGUUGUUAAUGAGGAGGAAAUCAAUGACCUCACGGACGUAACGCACAGCAAUGUCGUAGUUGACGAUCAAAAGUCACAGAUUACUGCGCCAAUAAUAUCGGAUUCUUCAACAACUAAUAGUACUGAUAUCGCUGAUGAUCAGGAUACAAAUGAAGAACAAUCAGAAGAUAAUUAUACGCCAAUAUCUUUAACUUCUCGGGGACGUAAACAUAACAGCACAGAUGAUGAACUUAUUUCAGCUAUGAGACGACAACGUGGCGCAGCUGUACGAAGUACGAAUUGGCGCCUUUCUAUGCCCGUGACUAGUAGUGAAUUACCCUCUUAUUUCGAUGUUGUUGAUCGACAACACCACAGAAAUAAAAGUGAAUGUCAUGAAGAAUUACCUUCCUAUUCUUGCACCGUACAAAAGAGUGGUUAUAUUUUAAAGAAAAAUGAAUUCUCCUCAAAAGGAGUUAAAUCGAGAGAUAGAUCAUGGAAACACUUAUACAUAUAUUUAUGGGGAACUCUUCUACGUGUAUAUAAAAGCGAACCAAUUGAUUUCAACGUAAUAAAUCCAGUUCGCGAGUUUAGUAUGUUAAACGCUCAAAUAGGUUUAGCAUCAGAUUAUCUCAAGAAAAGAAAUGUGAUAAGAAUACGAGUUUCUACUGGUCAUCAAUUUAUAUUUCAAACACAGAGUCGUGAUGAAUGUGUUUCAUGGAUAGAAGUAUUGCAAUCUUCUGUAAAUAUUUCAUCUACUUUGGAUGAAAGAGAAAUGCCAAUGUUUAUUACCUUACCUACAAGACGACGCAGAGUUAAUGCAUCUAUGAUAACUACUUCAUCGUCAUUAUCAUCAAUGAAUUAUGAAGGUAGUGGUACACCGUUAAUAAAUUAUUCCUUAAUGCCAGUUUCUUCUUCAGGUUUAACUUUACAACAAUAUAAUGAAAUGGCAAGAGAAUUGCAGCAAGUUCAAAUUACUGGAGUUUUACCGCAACAACAAUUAUCCUGGUAA